AUGUCGCAUGCUCCGGAGGUCGCCGGAAACCCGUACGCCGCAGAGCUCGCCGCAGCCAAGAAGGCCGUCGCCCUAGCGGCCCGCCUCUGCCAGAGAGUGCAGCGGGGCAUCUUGCAGUCUGACAUUCAAUCGAAGGCAGACAGGACUCCUGUUACCGUCGCGGAUUAUGGAUCACAGGUAUUGGUAUGUCUGGUCCUGAAGAAGGAAUUACCUGCUCACUCUUUCUCAAUCGUAGCUGAAGAGGAUUCAAAAGACUUGAGAGAAGAUGGUGCCCAAGAAAUUCUAGAACACAUUACCACCCUCGUAAAUGAAACCAUCGUAAAUGAUGGUUCAUACAACAUGUCGUUAUCUAAGGAAGAUGUGCUUGCUGCAAUUGAUGGUGGUAAAUCUGAGGGAGGUCCAUCUGGGCGACAUUGGAUAUUGGACCCAAUAGAUGGCACUAAAGGUUUCAUAAGGGGAGAUCAGUAUGCAGUUGCACUUGGACUACUUGAUGAGGGCAAAGUUGUUCUGGGUGUGUUGGGAUGUCCAAAUCUUCCAUUAAAAUCAACAAACAAGAACAAUUGUAGCUCUUCUGGGGAUCAAAUAGGUUCCCUCUUUUUUGCUACAAUUGGUUGUGGAGCGCAAGUUGAGGCCUUAGAAGGAUCUGAGCCAGAAAAGAAACUUGGUGUCCAAGCUCCACCUGUUAGAAUGGAUAGCCAAGCAAAAUAUGGUGCCCUAGCACGUGGUGAUGGUGCCAUUUUUCUGCGCAUUCCGCACAAAAAGUACAUAGAAACAGUUUGGGAUCAUGCAGCUGGAUCAAUUGUUGUCACAGAAGCUGGUGGCAUGGUAAAAGAUGCCUCAGGAAACGAUUUGGAUUUUUCAAAAGGUAGACACCUUGAUCGUGAAAGAGGAAUUAUUGCAACAAAUAAACAUUUAAUGCCACUUGUUCUAAAGGCGGUUCAAGAGGCUAUGAAGGAGGAACAAUAG